UGGCUGUUUAUGAAUUCUUCCUGCUUGUUUGUAAUCUUUAAACAGAAAUUAGGUCAACAACAGUUAUGUGCAGAAGACACCUGCAAUGCAACAAUACUGCGAUUUAUCAACACAUGGAACUUGCAGAAGCUUAGAGUAUGGUUGCUUGAAAAAAACAGAAUACUGUUGACCUGUAUCUCAUGUCAAACUUAAUUUAUGUUGAUGAUGUUAAUAGAGACUCAUCCGUCAACAAGUUUUGGGUGGGAAGAUGUGAGGCUGUCAUUAUUUAGCUGACCUAACUCUCUCGCAUGGACUUAUACUGCCAUCAUCAUUAUUAGGUAAGCGAAGUGACAACUUUUCCUACCCAAAAACAAAAUGGUCAACAGUUGUACAUAUAUACACCGCAUAAAUAGACAAGAAACAAUAUCAUCGCGUCCAACCUUUAAACUGGGAUCAACUUUCGCUGCUGUUAGGUUUUCUUGUACUUGACAACUGAUUCCACGACUAAGUAAAAGUGUCAUCAAUACAAGUUUGAUGCCUGACCAUUUAGGUAACAAGAAGUGAGAUUUUGAUAAAGAGCGAGUAAUGGCUGACCACCAAAGAAUACACCCAUUGGUGACCGACGUGGAAGCACCACCACCUACACGGCAUCCAGCGCCUCAAGCCUCACUCGUAAGAUCAGAAAAAGGAGAUCCAGGGCAACAUCAAGUUCCAUUAGGGCACGCUGUUGCAGCAAUGCCGCCUGCUCUGAAACCCCCAAAAAGGAGAAAUUGUUGGUGCAAAUGCCUGUGUUGGACACUCAGCCUCCUCAUCGUCCUGCUGAUCAUUGUUGGAGCCACUGCAGGCAUUCUUUACCUUGUAUUUCAACCCAAGCUUCCCAAAUACUCAGUUGACAAUCUCAGAAUAUCAGAUUUGACUCUGAACUUCGACUUGAGCCUUUACGCAAGGUUCAAUGUCAGGAUCACUGCUGAAAACCCGAAUAAAAAGAUUGGAAUCUACUAUGAGAAAGGGAGCCAUUUGAGUGUGUGGUACAAAAAUACAAAUCUCUGUCAAGGAUCAAUCCCCAGAUUCUACCAAGGGCACCAGAAUAGGACAGUGUUGAACGUGGCCUUGACAGGCCAAAAUCAAUAUGGGAGGACUCUGCUGGAAGCAUUGCAGGAGCAGCAACAGACUGGAAGGAUUCCGCUGGAUCUCAAGAUAGAUGUGCCCGUGAGCAUUAAACUCGGGAAGCUCAAGCUGAAGAAGGUGAGGGUAGUAGGCACCUGCAUGCUGAUUGUCGAUAGCUUAUCUACCAAUAGUUUAAUCAACAUUAAAGCCAGUACCUGUAAUUUUGGAGUGAAGCUCUGAGGGCUUUAUUGUUCAUCCUGAUCUGAUUCUUUUGUUAAACUUCAGCUGCAUCCUCCUUUUCAAUUUUCAUUUUCCCCGUCUACCCAUAUGUGGGGAAUACAUCUUGUUCUUCAAUAUGACAAAAAAACAGCAGUUUUUACCAUGUCCAUGUGUAAAACGUGUACUCCGACAAGUUUCACUUUCUUCCUGGCUUUGCCAUCAGGAAAAAGAUUUGUCAAUACAAGCUUCCAAAAAGACUUGUACAAGCUGGCCGACUUUUUUGGUGUUCGAUGAGCAUGCAGAUUCUACAGUAAGAUGAGCAUAGCAUAUGCCUGCCUGAAUCGUCUCGUCACUUAUGAUGGCCUAAGCCAUCUUGGCACUACUGAUAGUAGAAUACUCUGCUAAUUUCAAAUAAGAAAUCAAUAGGAUGUUUAGAAGGAAUGUUGUGCUACAAUGUUAACAUACAAAGUAGGAAGCUAACAUGACAUCAUCGCACAGAUAACUAAAACUGAGAAUAUUGAAGACAAGCCUAAACACAGUACGAUCCCUUUGCAACCCCAAUAUAGCUACACAGCUUGAAGAACCUAAAGGUGUUUUUGGAUGCUUACAGGUAGAAAGAUAAGGCAUCUAGCCAUGCUCAUAAUUAAGUCAGUAAAGAUGAUAAAAAGAUGAUGGUGAAUUGGUGAUCCUCAUCCUCUUCAACUAGAUACACCAUCUAACAAACAGGAUGGCAUAUAUUACAUCAAAAUCCAACUUACAUACAAAACCACAUCUCCAAAAUGUAAGCGGAAU